GGAGAUCAACAAUGAGCGGCGGGUAUUCGAAUCCCACAACCACCAUGAGCAGACUGCCACCUAUCGGGCACAAGUGUAAGGCUUUGUCAACUUCUCAUCUUCACCCUUUUAACUCAAUAGCCCUCCCUAUUUGAUUCCAUUCCUCUUUUCCAUCAUGCUCCACCCCUCCACCUCCGACCCCAUGUCCUCCUCCUCCGGCUCCUCCCCCAACGACUCCUCCUCCGGCCUCCACCUCCUCGGCCUCCUCCUCCAAUGCGCCGAAUGCGUCGCCGUGGACAACCUCCACGACGCCGCCCAGCUCCUCCCCGAGAUCUCCCACCUCUCCUCCCCCUUCGGCUCCUCCUCCCAGCGCGUCGCCGCCUACUUCUCCCACGCCCUCUCCUCCCGCAUCAUCUCCUCCUUCCUCGGCACCUACUCCCCCCUCCACCCCCCCUCCCAUUCCCUCCUCUCCGCCCUCCAAAUCUUCAACUCCAUCACCCCUCUCAUCAAAUUCUCCCACUUCACCGCCAACCAGGCCAUCCAGCUGGCCGUCGACGGCGCGGACCACGUCCACGUCAUCGACCUCGACAUAAUGCAGGGCCUCCAAUGGCCCGCCCUCUUCCACAUCCUCGCCUCCAACCCCCACAAAAUCAAAUCCUUCCGAAUCACAGGGCUCGGCCCCUCGGCCGAGCUCCUGUCCUCCACAGGGCGGCGCCUGGCCGAAUUCGCCGCCGCCCUGGACAUCCCCUUCCAGUUCAAUCCACUGGAAGGGAAAAUAGGGGACAUAAAAGAUUUGUCCCAAUUGGGGAUCAAAUCGGGCGAGACGGUAGUGGUGCACUGGAUGCACCACUGCCUGUAUGACGUCACUGGCAGUGACGUCACAACCAUCCGGCUCCUGGCGAUGAUCAGGCCCAGACUGAUCACCGUCGUGGAGCAGGACCUCGGCCACGGGGGCGGCUUCCUGGGGAGGUUCGUCGAGGCGCUCCACUACUACUCCGCCCUGUUCGACGCGCUGGGCGACGGACUGGAGGCGGAGAGCCUGGAGCGCCACACGGCCGAGCAGCGGCUGCUCGGCUGUGAGAUUAGGAACAUUGUGGCCGUCGGGGGGCCGAAGAGGACCGGGGAGGUGAAGGUGGAGCGGUGGGGGGACGAGCUCGUGCGGGUAGGGUUUCGGCCGGUCUCCCUGGCAGGGAACCCGGCCACCCAGGCGAACCUCCUCCUCGGGAUGUUCCCGUGGCAGGGGUACACCAUGAUGGAGGACAACGGGUGCUUGAAGCUCGGGUGGAAGGAUUUGUCGCUGCUGACAGCGUCCGCGUGGCAGCCGUCCGAUUAGCUCGAUCGGACGGCUGUGAUCGGGGUUUGGAUGUGAAUUAGGUUGGUUUUAUUUUAUUUUUUUAUAGUAUUAAUUAUACAUAUUUGUUCAUUUUGUGAUCAUAAAAUGGAGUACUAUUCUUUCAUGAUGAAAUAAAGAGGAUUAACAUAUAAUCAUUUAGUUUCA